UAAGUUUAAUCCGCCAUCGAAACUGGUCACCUUAAGAAGUGAAUUUCUUUGUUCUUCAUCUUGUCCCGAGUUAUCGAGUAACAAGCCCCGCUAUACCGCAUUGAGUAAACCGACGUCACCCAAGAUAGAUCCGCGGAGUAAUUGUACUGUACAACCACCACCCAACCAGCCCGUUUGAUUCUGCUUUGCUAUCGCGCCGCAAAAGCCGGACAGGGUACUGACUUCUACUGAUGCGAAACACCGAGAAAAAUUGAGAGAGAUAAACAAGAAAAAGAAACUAUAUGACUACAGCAACUACAUCCAGAGGAGAGAUGGGCGGGGGAGGCUUCAUCCCACCAGCAGCACACCCUCCAUCGCCAGCGCCCACCGCAUCCACCGCGACCCCGUCACUUCUCCCCAAGCCACGAGCUCACCCCCUCCGUCCGGGCUCUGCCAAGGAAGCCACGGUUCUGGAGUAUAUCGACAAGAAACUCCUCUCUAUCAGCCGCCGACACGCCAAGAAGUUUAGCAGAGCUUUCAUCGGCGACGAUAACAGCAGCAGCGACAACAGCAGCAGCAGCCACCAACGCUCGGCACCGGCGGAGCCUGAACGGGGCUACGAGAGCUUCAAGGAAAUCGCGAGGGAUUUCGAGAGCUUGGUGGAUGUUUUGUGGGUUAGCGGGACACCUUCAUUACAAAUUCCCUACCUGAUCUCCUUGGCCGUCCAGGUCAACUCGUAUCUCCCGGAUUAUCCGUUCGCGGCGAAGGCGACCUUCCGGCUGUUGCGGAAAUUGGAUUCGGUUUUUGCGUCGCUGCUGCUCGGCGAGGAUGCGGACUCUGGAGAGCCGCUGCCUGGGUUUGAGGGGAGAGGCAAUGUGGUCUCCAUGACCGAGAAGGUGCGUAUCAAGAGUAUUGCGGAGACGUGUCGGGUGGUUGUCGUGGAGGCGAGGGAGAAGGAGGAUUUAGGUGACGAUGAUGAUGAUGACGGUGACGAUGGAAGGAGGAAUGGCGUGGAGGACAGUAGCGAGAAUGAUGAUUUUGACGAUGAUGAGAUGAUGAACGACGACGUGUUUGGGAUGGACGAGUAUCCGAUUCCUGGCCGGUGGGAGAUGGAGACGGCGAAGGUUUAUGAGAAGACAAUCCAGCUGUUGGGUGAUGAAUUGGGCAAGGCGGAUACUGGGGAGUUCUGUGAUACUGAUAUGGCGGCUGGAGAGGAAGGGGGCUUGUGUGAUGGAUUGGAUGAGGAGGCAGAUUGAUUAAGGCCGCUUCGUUGAUACUGUUUGUAUUUUAGGUAGGGGUCGGGGGAGAUCGAUCUAUCGAGACUUUCUUGUCAUUUGUGUACAGUACUAUAUUUGAUGAUACCAUAGGUGGCCAGGUAGGUUUCUGGGUUGGAUGAUAUUGGAGGCUACGAGCGGGACUGGUGCCGACUCAACGCGACAAUAGGACGCCGUUGGAUUCAUCCAUAACUUGCCUUAAAAGGUGUGCACGCCUGGCGACC